AUGUUAUCUGCUGCCAAAGUUCGUAUACAUGGGAUGCAAGAUGAGAACUGGGUGAUAAGAGACAAGAUCAAUCAAUACAGGGGACUUAUAAAAUUAUAUGAACGAGACCGAAAAAUCCAUGAGGGCGAUCUGGCGAUACAGAAGAAGCGUUACUCUCGCGAUAUCAGAACUCUGCGCAAAGAGAUAUCCACGAAGAGAGGGGAGUUAGGCGUAGCAGUUUAUGGCGACAAACAGUUUCUAAGGAAUGCUUUCCAGGAGCAUAGGAGACUGCAACUCACCUACAUGAACAGUCAAGCUGAUGUGAGUAUUUCUUCUAGAAAUAUCCUGAUAUUAUUAUAUUUGAUCAUUUUUGCAUUCACAAUGUUAUUCUUAAACAUUCUCUAUAAAAAAUGCUUAAAAAAUCCUCGAAACCAUGACCUUUCGCACUCCGGGCGAAUGAUCUAACUACUGAGCUACACUGCCCUGUAGACGACUAUUAUUUUCUCUGUUUUAAAAUGCUUUUAUUUGAAUAAAGUAACACCAAUUAUAUAUGAGUGAUGGCACAUUAAAUUUCAAAAAAUACAAGAUAAAUCUUUAAUUUCUGUUCGACAUAUAUUUUUAAGUAGUGAAAAUUUGUAAAUCCGUAACACACUUUGUAGCCACGGCCUGACACGAGCAAUUCGAAAAAUAUAAUUUUUAAGCACCAUGUAAAUAAUAUGUUAUAUGUUACGGAUUAUUCUGCUCAAAACGAUAUCGCACCUAUAUUUUAUUUUCAAAGGUGUAUCAAUAGUUUCACCAUAAUAAAUAAAAAAACAAUAUUAAAAAACAGAGAACCAAUUAUACCUCUAGACUCACACAUAUAAAUACAAACUAUAAUAAAGACACAAACCAAUGAUAUUACUAUGUUAAUCAAACAAGUACCUACAUAUACUAAAUUAAUAAAAGAAAAACGUAAUAAAAAACUCCGGUCACGUGAGCAGAUUUAGAAUAAUUUGUUUUGCUGAGUUACAGCUUGAACAAAAUAGAUCUUGAUAUAGAUUUAUUUUGUUAUCAUACAAACCAUGGAAGCAUUCACCUGCACGAAGUAAAAAGGUGUUUUGCCUAUAAUUAGUGUUUGAAAUCAAAUUGACCUAAAUAAACGAAGAUACCUUCCUGGUAUAUUAAAGCUUAAUAUUGAAAGAAGCUCGGGGCAAUCAAUAGUGUUAGAGACUAUUUUCAUUAAAAAAUAUAAUGUCAGCUAUCAUUCGACGGUUUUCUAGGGUUAAAAAAUGACGUUUUUUUACAAAUUCAAUAACAUCACUGGAAUUAUAUAUCAUCCUCGUGCGCUAACAUUAAUAUUUCAAAAAAUAUAUUUUUAUAUAUUUUCAAUCCUUUCGAUAUAUACGGCAUAUCUAGGAUCCCCACCUGUGAGCCAUAUUCCAAGUGACUACGUACGAGACUACAGUAAAGUACUUUAAAUGAUUUUACGUUGGUAAAGUAAGUCCUUACGAUGUUAGAGUCCGAGAGCUUAUGAUAUAGAUUAUGAUUAGAGAUAUGUCUAUUUCUGUCUCAUAGUCUACUUUCAUGAUUUCUUUCGUUUUUGUUAGCUUAGGGCCAGCACACAUAGAGAAGCGCAGCGCAGAGAAUGCGCCAAAUUUUAUUAAACAUGUCACAUA